UUGUAGCCGCAUCAAUUAUUAAUUUUUCUUCUUUUUCUCUCCAACGCGUGAUCGCACAUAUAUAUGUAUAUAGAACUAUCUGCUUUUCUCGAGGAAAAAAUGUAACAGGGUGCAGCUAUAAAGAACAAACCUGAGAGUGUUACUGCCGGUCUUUUUUUACAUACUCAUGCUUUUCUAAAGGACAGAGAUAUAAAAAUCCUUGGGCGCACAGCUGUUUCGUCGAGGCCGAUUGAAGGCGCGAUAAAAAUAAAUCCGAAAAUAAUUCGAAUCCGCCUUUAAUCUCGUCGAAGAUGAGUCGGGAAGCUCGAGGAUUGUUCGUGUCUCCGGUUUGUUGAUUUUAUGUUAUCGUAAAAAGUAUCAUGGCGUCUAAGAGCCAUGUGGACAACACGGUGAACGAACGUCGUUUGCGACCGAUUUACGACUGGCUUGACAAUGGCAACAAUAAGAAGGCGCUCCAGGAGGCGGACAAGGUGCUCAAGAAACAUCCGAGCAAUCAAUGCGCCAGGGUGCUCAAGGCCCUGGCCUUGUUGCGGCUAGGUAAGGAGAAUGAGUGCCAAGUUAUCAUGGACAAAGUGCGGUCUGAGAUACCAUGCGAGGAUUCUACCCUGCAGGCGAUGACUAUCUGUUAUAGGGAGAUACAUCAGCCUGACAAAAUUAGCGAAGUUUAUGAAGCUGCUGCAAAAGCAGAUCCGAAUAACGAAGAGCUUCUGACGCAUCUUUUCAUGUCCUAUGUUCGUCUGGGGGAUUAUAAAAAGCAACAGCAGACCGCUCUCACCUUGUAUAAAAUGAAACCUAAGAACCCAUAUUAUUUCUGGGCUGUUAUGAGUACAGUGAUGCAAGCUAUUCAUGCAGAUCAAAAGUUGGCAAGAGGAGUUAUUUUACCUCUGGCAGAAAGAAUGGUCCUAAAAUUAGUGAGGGAAGGAAAAAUGGAAGCGGAGCAAGAAGUACAACUUUAUUUAAUGAUUUUGGAAUUGCAAGAUAAAAAUGAAGAAAUAUUGAAUGUAUUGUCUAGUCCUUUAGCUUUACAUCUUUCAUAUGUACCACCAAAAGCUACAAUUUUAUUAAAACUAGAACGUUUUCCUGAGGCUGCUAAUGCAUAUCGUGAACUUAUUAAAGAGAACAUCGACAAUUGGGCAUUUUAUCAAAAUUAUCUCUUAGCGGCCUUAAAGUUUCAACAACCAACAGAAUGCUUGGAUUUUCUUAACAAUAUUAUUAAUACAUCUGAAAAGAAAAAUCGUGCACCAUACCUGGCUCGUUUAGAUUUAUUAGAACGCGCCUAUACUAAUGAAGAUCUACAGAACAGUUUGCAACCUGUAGACUUUAUGCGGCAAUAUUUCGCUCAAUUUGGAGAAAAAGGCUGUGUAGUUGGUGAUUUGCGAUUAUAUUUAAAUCUGCUUACACCCAAAGCAAAGUUUGAAUUAUUUGAACAGAUUGAAAAAGACAUUGGUGUUACCUCAGAGGAGUUUCCGUCUACUGUACAACAGAUGCAAAGGCAUAUUCAUUUAGAACAAUUGCGGCGUAUUUGUGGUUUUCACCAUCCUCCUUUAGUGGACAGAAGUAAACAGGAACAAUUAAUUAAGCGAUUGUCCGAUUUAUAUGAAAAAGGCAAUGAAUUGUGUCCAAUGCAAGAUAGAUUGCCAACUGAUUUCUGUCCAGCGGAUCCAUAUAUUCUAUUAGCUACACAUUUGCUGCAUCAAUUAUGGGUCGACACUAAUGAUGCAUCUUUUCUUUAUAAGGCAAUGUCGUUAUUGGAACACGGUCUUCUGUCGAGUCCUGUAAAUUUUCACAUCAAAAUUUUACUCGUGCGUAUUUACUUGGAGGCUGGUCUAGUGGUCGCGGCUGAUCAUACGUUCGCAUUACUCGAUGUAAAACACCUUCAACUAGAUUCACUGGGUCAUCUCUACGCGCCUCUUCUCGCGCCUCUCGGUAACUUGCCUCUGGCCUCAACAACUCUUGAUCAUACAGCGAAAUUUUUCAUAGCCAACUAUAAGGAUAGCGCAGAUCACUUAACAUUUGCAUACAAAUACGGGAGUUUUAUAAAAAUUCAGGAAUUUGUGGAGUUGAGAGAACGAUUGGAUAAUUCGUUUCACUUUGCUAUGACAACUGUAGAUAAGAUGCUGCUCGAUUUAUGUUGGUGCGACAGCACUGCCUCUUUAUUUUCUACUUUGAGUAGUAUGCAUAUACAACCUCAUCUCGAUACGAUUAGAUGGGCAUCUCUACGAGAUAAUCGCGACUUGGAGGUUGUUCGUGGAUGGGAACCACUUAAUCAGAACGAGAAGGAUCCAAGAAUGCAAGAGGAAACACGUUUAUGCAUGUUAAGAUUGCUUUCAGCAAGAAAUGCUAUAUUACGUAUUUUGGCAGCAAGUGCCAAAUCAUCUUCAAUUUUUCUUUCUCAAAUAUCUGCCGAGCUUAAAGAGUUGGAUGAAGAAUUUAUUCCAAAAAUAUUACAAAACUUUGACACGGAUGGAAAACGAAACAAACCAUGCAAAAUAUUAGUUCCGUUAGACGCUGUAGAAAGAUUACGCGAAGCUCAUUAUUCGGAACAAUUAAGGACUAUAGCGUGCCUUGCAAAUUCGCUUUCUCAGUCUCCUUGUCCGGACUUUGAUUGCAUACAAAUGUUGCGAACGUCUCUUUGCUUACAGACAUUACCCAUCCCCGAGCGGGAUACGCCAGUAUCUUUUAAAAAUUUCUUACUUAGAGCCUCAACUUGCAGCGAAUCUCUAGCGAUCAUUAGCGCUAUAUGUAGUGUAUGUGCGGUACAAUCAGAACCACGUACGUCGCAGAAAAAAAAUAAAAAGAAAUGUAAUAAAAUCGAAUCGAACAUGAUAAAUGAGACUAACGAGACUAAGGUUUGGAGGGAAGUAGCUGUGUUACUUUCUGAGCGAAUUGAAAAUUUAGAUGCGGUCCUAACAGAAUUUGAAAAAUAUGAAUUACACACAGGUUUGGAUGAGAAAGAUGAUGUAUUAUGUGUCAAUAUUACAAAACGCGGGCAAGCGAGUCUCAGGCAAAGUUGCAGAUCCCUCAAAUCUCGCACUCAGCCUAUAUUAAGGCUUUUAAGUAAUUUAAAGAGCUGAAACUAUUUGACAAUAUUUGUACAAAGAACAAUAUCCGUCUAUUUCGUAAUUUUCAAAAAUGACUCCGAGAGUUCUGUACAUAAUUAUUAGCCUCCAUCAAUUAUAAAUAAUGAAUGAAUCGUUUAAUGCUGAUUAAAAAAAAUACCUGAAUCUACCUUUAUUUCUGUCUGAAAAGUAUUGCGCAAUUAUUUUGAUACACUGUUGUUCAAUCAAUUUAUAUAACAAUAUUAUUAUUAUCUUCAAGUCCUUUAAGAUAACAAGUGUAUACAUUUGUAAAAUUUCAAAAAAAUCUAUAAUACUCUUUUAGAGUAUAUAGAAUUUUUAUAUUUAAACAUUUUUAAAGAAUUAAAUUUAACACAUUCACCGAGGCGUAAACGACAAACUUAGUUAUCAGUAACAUACAAUUGUUACAAAAUGCACAAUAUUAACAUUUACAAGAUUAUCAUUAAGUUUAAUAAUAAAUAGCGUAACAUAGUACAUUGUCAAACAAAUUAAGUUUUAUUUAUUAAAAUUUUAAUAAUGAUUACAUGUGAUUAUUAUGAUAAAUUUUAUGAAUAUAAAAUAAAAUCUUGUGAACAAAAAGCUAAAAUACGCUUGACGCUUGAUGAAUGUGUUAAAGUGAGAUUUAUGUAUCUUUAGUUACGUGCCAUUUCUUUAUUAAAAUAAAAUAAUUUUACUUGUA